AUGAAGUAUCUGAUCACUCUAGGCGCUCUAUUCGCUGGUGCCUCAGCACAUACUAUCUUCACUCAACUUCACGUCAACGGAGUAGGCCAAGGCCACACCAAGGGUGUCCGAGUACCUACCUACGAUGGUCCGAUCACUGACGUGACUUCCAAUGACAUGAUAUGCAACGGAGGUCCCAACCCACUGAACCAACCCCUCCCUCAGGACAUAAUCAACGUCAAAGCCGGCGAUAAGCUUGCCACAGAAUGGCACCACACGCUCGACUCAACCCCCGAGACCGACACGUCCGAUCCCAUUGACCCCGGCCAUCUGGGUCCCAUCAUGGUUUACCUGGCCAAAGUCGACAGCGCCCUGACGACCACCGUGACAGGACUAAAGUGGUUCAAGGUCUACGAAGACGGUAUGGACUCCAAUGGCACGUGGGCCGUGACACGCCUGUACAACAGCAAGGGGAAAGUGGAAUUCACGCUGCCGAAGUGUGUGCAGAACGGACAAUACCUCCUCCGCGCCGAAAUCAUCGCACUGCACGCCGCAUCCAGCUACCCUGGCGCACAACUGUAUAUGGAGUGCGCGCAGAUCGCUGUGACGGGCGGCGGAAGCGGCACCCCAUUGACCGUCAGCUUCCCGGGCGCGUACGCAGGCACAGAUCCAGGCAUCAAAUUCUCGCUGUACUGGCCGGUGCCGACGAGCUACACAAUCCCUGGACCGCGGCCGUUCGUUUGCUGA